AUGAGCGACUUGCAAGAGAUUGCUGCGGAUACAUUGGCUAGGAUUCCGAAGAUCCUGGACCUGGCUGAUGCCCCGACAACUGGGUACAUCUGUCUACGUGAUAGAUAUACCCCACUACGCUCGAAGUUUUGGCCGAAUCUCAGCACUCGAGUACGCGUUGUGGAUGAAGAUUCAUUCGAUGCUGCCAUCAGUCUCACCAACAUGCGAAUGACUGAUAAUGGCGAUACGGCCCAUGUUUGCGUUCUGAACAUGGCUAAUGCGACAACCAGGGGUGGAGGGUUCUUGAGGGGAGCUAUCGCCCAGGAGGAGGCGCUCUGCUACCGGAGCACACUAUACAGGACCCUCAAAAAACACCAUUACCCUUUGAAAGCGCGGGAGGCGAUCUAUUCACCAUUUGUUGUCAUAUUUCGCGAAAACCAAACCAACCAAUAUCGGAUGAUGGAUUUGCAGAAACCCCUUCCAGUUGUUAGCGUUGUCAGCAUGGCGGCUAUCAGAGACCCCGAGGUGAACAGGCGCACUAAUCCACCCACGUUUGCCGACCCUGAGGAUAGGGAAUGGACCAAGGAGAAGAUGCGUGUUACCCUCCGCGUCUGCGCGCAUAACAAACACCGUGACCUGGUGCUGGGGGCUCUGGGAUGCGGUGCGUUCGGAAAUCCUGUUCACGAGGUAGCGAAUUGUUGGGCCGAAGUUCUAGAUGAGCAGGAGUUCCGAGGGUGGUUCAGCAACAUUGUAUUCGCGGUUAUGAAGGGUAAAAACAAGACAGGAUUCGACAACUUCGACGUCUUCAAGCAGAAGCUGGAGGGGCUCAAAGUUUAG